AUGACGUCAAUACUCUUAUCUGUGCCGGAAGCGCACACGGAGGUGGUGACGUCCCUGCAGUUCUCGCCCCACCACGACUCUAUCUUCUGCUCCACGUCCGGCGAUGACACCGCGGCGCUGUGGGAUCUGCGCCAGGCUGGGGGAGACCCCGAAAUCGCCCGCCUGACACACCACCAGGGGCCCGUGAACCACGCCUUGUUUAUGCUUGAGGAUGAGUAUGCGCUGUUCACGGCGUCGGAUGAUCGCACAAUUGCUCGAUGGGACCUGCGCGAGCUGCGCGCACCAGUCGGGACGAUUUGUGGGUUCGGUGAUGGAAUAAACAAGAUGCUGCGCAUACCUGCACCAGAGGACAACACCAACAACUACACAAGCAGCGGCAGCGGCCGCUGGUUACUUGCAAGCGCCUGUGAUGACGGCAUGGUGUACAUCCACUCGCUGGGCCCGGAGAACCCACCACAGCAGCAGGGCGUGGUGGGUGCCACUCCUGCGGCUGCUUUACCUUCUGCUGGAACAAUGGUGGAUCGUUUCUGGGCGGCCACAAGCACCGUAAACGACCUCGCACUGUCGCCGAACCCACGCAUGCUUCUCACCGCCUCGGAGGACUGCGCAGUGCGGCUGUGGAAUAUUGUCGCUGACUCGCGGGCGACGACGGAGCACCGCCUCGUGGCCUCCUUUGAGGAGUUCGACAACCCCGUCAACCACAUCGCUGUAGUGUGCACCGAUGCCGGCGCUGGCCAGGGUCAGUCUAGCUUCUGGCUCUAUGCCGCCUGCUCGGAGUUCGUGUUUGCCGUUGACCUGGAUCCUGCAACCAGCGCCUUCGGCGAGGCCGCGCGCACCUUCACUGGCCACCAGGACUACGUGCGCGGCCUCGAGUUCGUUGGCGGCGACACACUCUUGACAGUGUCCGACGACGCCACCGCCAUUGAGUGGUCGCUGCGCACGACGGAGCCCGUGCGGCAGGUGAAGCUGCACGAGGGCCUCGUUAUGGCCUCCGCGACAUCCACCGCGAGGGAUGUCCUCGUGACGGGAACGGACGGCGGUGAGAUACGCGCGUGGCAGCUGCCGUUCAAAACGGAGACGUGCUGUGGUGGGACAAACAUGCGGUGA